GUUUUUGUCUCCGUCAGUGAGCGCUCCUCCCGGGCCGAGGAAAGGCUGAAAGGAUUUCUAGAGGGCAGGUGCUGACUGUAAGAGUGCAAGAAAAGGAAGAGAGAGCAAGGAGCCUGGGGAGGAGAGAUCCCGUCCUCGCGGCGCAUCAAGCAGCUGGUGAGAGCUGGUGGGGGACCGUCUGAAAAGCUGCCACAGACUCAACAUGGCUCAGGUGCUGCACAUGGACCCCGGCUUCCCAGGGAAACUCAACUCGCCAGCCCCCCCCUCCCUGCACGGCAAGGAACAGGAGGCCAACUACUCAGUGGAGACCCCCUAUGGCUACCGUCUGGACCUGGACUUCCUCAAAUAUGUCAACGACAUAGAGAAGGGAAACACCAUCAAGAAGGUGCCAAUCCAGCGCCGGCCUCGCUAUGGCUCCCUGCCACGUGGAUAUGGCUACGCCGGCUCCUGGUGGACCUCCACCGAGUCUCUGUGCUCCAACACCAGCAUGGACAGCCGGCACUCCUCCUUCUCCUACUGCGCCCCGGGCUACCACACGACACAGAGACCCAGCUUCAGCACAGCCCGGGUGGAGAAGACCCUACUGGAUGCACGCAGGAAGCUGGAGGAGGAGAAAGAGGGACGGAGGUUCUCAAACCUUGGCAGCAUGCACAGCAGUAUAGCAGGCUCCAACACCUCCAUCAGCAGCGCUCACAGCUUCAACAGAGCCCAUGGAGGGGGGUCGUUCACACCCAUGAGCUCUGGCCUGUCCACCCCAGUGACACCCACUCCGGCCCACCUGCAGCACGUCAGGGAGCAGAUGGCAGCAGCGCUCAGGAAGAUCAAGGAGCUAGAAGAGCAGGUGAAGACCAUCCCUGUGCUGCAGGUCAAAAUCUCCGUGCUGCAGGAGGAGAAACGGCAACUCAGCGUCCAGCUCAAGAGUCAGAAGUUCCUGGGUCAUACCCUGGGAUUCAGUCGAGGUCGCCCCAGAGGAGAGCUCUACAUCGACAUUCCUGAAGAGGAGGUGAGCACAGCAGCGAAGAGCGCCAACAAACCAGCAGACGUUAUGUCUCCCACCACACCUGAGGGCUCCAAGCAGGACUCAGGCUGUGAGAUCGAAGACACGGUGAUUGUGAGUGGAGCCAGACCAGAUGCAAAACGGGAAGUCAGGACCAUAGGAGUCGGCCCGGAAGAUGCAAAGGGAACUCGUCAGGUAGGAGUCGGGGUUCGGGAGGAGGACCUGGGUCUGCUGCCAGAGACCGUGGCCCUCAGGAACCAGGUGGGCCAGUUGGAAGGCCACUUAAAGAGGACGAUGCAGGAGCUGCAGGCGGCACAGGCAGUGCAGAAAACCCCUCAGGCGGAGCAUCCCAUCAUAACGACCAGCACGGGCUGGCAGGAGCCACAGGGUUGCAGCCUGCACACUCUGGUCAGCUUCAGUCAGCUGCCACAACAGAGAGAGCAGAGGACUGUGGGUAUCCAGGUGUACACGCUGGAGCAGCCCACCGUGGUGGAGGUGGGGACUCUGCUCAGGGCGGAGACCUGCAGCUCCGUCGAGCCCCAGCAGGCUGAGGAAGUCGUGGAGGAACAACAACUAGGACAAGUUAAAGAUGCUCCCGUUGAGUUGCCACUCGCGGUGAGCUCAAAGGAAGUACGAGACGUCUUAAAGAGCGAGGUGUCCACUUCAGAACCUGUAGCUGUUCCCGUCAUCGCUGCUGAUCAGAUCAGUUUGUUGCCUUCUAAAGAAGCAGAGACGCACCAGCACACAUCCUCAGAGGCUGUUCAGUCACAGGAAGGAGAUCAGACAGCCUCGUCUCCCUCAUCUUCUCUGAGGUCCAUAAUGAAGCGACCAGCACAAGGGGAACCAGGAUCUCCCUCUACAAAGAAAAAUCUGCAGUUUAUUGGAGUCAAUGGAGGCUACGAGUCCACGUCUUCAGACAGCAGCAGCGAGAGCUCAGAUGAAGGGAGUGACUCCAGUGAAUAUCAUGAAGCCAGAGAAAAACUACCAGAACCAGCCGUCCAGAACCAGCAAAUAACCCCCAGCAAUCCUCCACAGAGCAACAGCGGACCUCAACAAACUGCCGAUCAACUGCCAGCCAUCAUUCCAGACUCACAGCAGAGUCCAGACUCACAGCCUGAAACCACAGACACCAGACUGCCAGACAGAGCCGUCCAGUUACCAGCGACAGACACUGUUGUAGAAAAAUGUGCCUCAGAGCCGGCAGACGAUGCUUUCCCUCCUCCUCCUCCUCCAGCAGUCGAUCCUGCUUUUACAGAGAAGCCAUCAGAAGAACCAAGUAUAACCCAGGAGGUCUCUGACUCUUCAUCGAACACUGAAUCCACGUCGGAACAAACCACAACGUCCUCAGUCAGCUGUCCGCCCACACAGUGUGUCACUGAAACCACGGAGAUCAGGACGCAGCAACACACCGUCCAAUCAGAAGCAACCGUCCUUUCCAGCCAGUCUGAGAAAAAACCAACAGCAGAAUCAGCAGCACAAGUCAGACUGGAGCUGAGUGAAAGCCUGAUGUCGUCUCUUCAUGCUCUGCAAAAAGCUCUGGGAGAACCCAACGCCUUCAGCCAACAAGGAGCGAGAGCGGCGUACACCGCCGUGCUGCAGGAGUGGCUGCGUGUCUCCUGUCACAAAGCAGCAGACACAGCGGUGGUGAAGGCCUACAUGGACGCCUUCGCCUCCAUCUCCCCUCAGCUGCUGGAGUUCGUGAUCAACAUGGCAGACGGCAACGGGAACACGGCGCUUCACUACACUGUCUCUCACUCCAACUUCCCCGUGGUGAAACUGCUGCUGGACACAGGUUUGUGUAACGCUGACAAGCAGAACAAGGCGGGAUACACGGCCAUCAUGCUGACGGCGUUGGCGGCUUUCCACUCUGACAGCGACCUUCAGACGGUUCUGCAGCUGCUGAGAACCGGGGAUGUCAACGCCAAAGCCAGCCAGGCUGGACAGACGGCAUUGAUGCUCGCUGUCAGCCACGGUCGGGGGGACAUGGUGCGGGCGCUGCUGUCCUGCGGGGCUCAGGUCAACAUCAGAGACGACGAUGGCUCCACGGCGCUCAUGUGUGCCUGCGAACACGGACACGUGGACAUCGUACGUCAGCUGCUGUCCGUGCCAGGCUGUGACGCAACGAUCACUGACAACGACGGCAGCACGGCUCUGUCCAUCGCCCUGGAGGCCAGCCAGAACGACAUCGCCGUGCUUCUCUAUGCUCACCUCAACUUUGCAAAACCUCCUUCCCCUGUUUCUCCAAAGUCUCCUCUCCUGGGUUCCUCUCCUCCUUCUGGUGAAUUGAGAUAAAGAUUCUCCUCCUGCAGCUCCUCCUCAUAUCAGUGUUUUAUCCGUAAUCAAGACAAACUUUAUGUUUCUGUGUGUUUUCAUCCUGUUUAAUUUAAUAACUACAUGACAGCUUUCACCUUUGUUUUCUGCUGCUUUUUGCUUCCUUUUAAAAUCACAGUGUUGGUUGAAAACAUGGAUUUCUUCUGUGGUACUUCCCUGAAUAACAAACAUGUAGUAUCUGUAAAAACAUUAAACAUUUAUCCAGUCAUCAGCACAACUUUUAGAGGCAUCAAAAACCCACUGAAUCACAUCAUACAGCUCCUGACAGACUUGUUUUUAUCUCUUCAAAGUCUCAGAUCAGCUCCUUCAUAGAGUUUUCACUGUUUUGUGUACAUUAGCUCUGCAGCGGUAGCAUCAUGUGACCUAACAGGAAUAACAGCCACCCCUCUCAUGGAUAAGUGUCCUUGCAUCAACAAACUCAUCGGUGCUACAAAAAACACCACUUCAACAGUUUAUCAAUAUUUAUACACAGGAUUUAUGUACUCUAGAGUAUUUUUGAUAUUGGUUUUUUAAAUUCUGGACCUCUAAAGAUCACAGUUUUUAUUUCCUCAACCGGUAAAUUGAUUGUUUUUAUUUUGUUGCAGCAUUCCCAAAGUAAACCCAAAGAUGUAAGUGUCCUGUCAGCUCUGUACAUUGUUUUAAAUAAGAACACAGGCCUGGUAUCGGUGCGAAGGAUGGGAAAGGCAGAGUUAUUGUGAGGGUGACGGUACUAUGGUUUUGUAUUUUUUUAUGUGAAGGUUAUUGGAUGGUUGUAAGGAAAGACAUCUGUGUUUGAAAUAUUCUGUGCUUCAGAUUAGUGAAAAAUAAGGACUGAAAGCUCUGGUGAGGCCGGGUUAGUCAGAGAAGAAGGUGUCUGAUUGGGAUUUUAAAGGACGUGUAAGAUAUGAAUAUUAAAAUAAUAUAUGUCAUAUAAACUGGUAGUAAUGAUGCCUAACGUCAAACUCCUUGAACUAAAGUGCAUAGGCUAUUGAUGUCAAAUUUCUAUUACUUUUUAAAGACUUUUCACGAGUUUCAUAGUCACUUUGAAGCAAUUAAAUUUUAUAAACUUUCAAAUGUUUAAUUUAAGUAUCUAUCUUUUUAUACAUGUAGAAUUUUUAAGCUCACACCACCUUUAUGUAACCGCACAGCUCUUCAGUUUAUGAUUAUGAAGGUUUAUGUCAGAUUUUAGAUUGUGUUUCUCAAUGAAUUAAUAAAUGUGGACCACACUG